UGUCCCAGCAUUGUGCCGCUGCUGCUCAGACGCUGCUGCAGCCGCCGUCUCCUCCUCCUCCACAGGCUCCCCUCCGCACACUGUCGCACAGCCAUGGCGGAUAGCGCAAGCGAGAGCGACACCGACGGAGCGGGGAGCAGCUCGGCCACCCCGAUGUCGUCCUCCUCCGCGUCCAAUUCGGGCAAGCCGAGCAUAGUCAUCUCACAGUUUCGCCUGGAAGAGCUGACGAACCGCCUCGCCUCGCUACAGCAGGAGAAUAAAGUUCUCAAGAUUGAGCUGGAGACGUUCAAACUCAAGUGCAAAGCUCUGCAGGAGGAGAAUCGGGACCUCCGCAAAGCUAGCGUCACCAUUCAAGCAAGAGCAGAGCAGGAGGAGGAAUUCAUCAGUAACACCUUGUUCAAGAAGAUUCAGGCUCUGCAGAAGGAGAAGGAGACCUUGGCCGUUAACUAUGAGAAGGAGGAAGAAUUUCUCACUAAUGAGCUCUCAAGGAAACUCAUGCAGCUUCAACAUGAAAAAGCUGAGCUGGAGCAGCAUCUGGAACAGGAACAGGAGUUCCAGGUUAACAAGCUCAUGAAAAAGAUCAAGAAAAUGGAGAAUGAGACCAUUUCGAAGCAGCUAACCCUGGAGCAGUUGAGGAGGGAGAAGAUCGACCUUGAGAACACAUUAGAGCAGGAACAAGAAGCGCUCGUCAACAGGCUGUGGAAACGCAUGGACAAGCUGGAGGCUGAGAAAAGAAUCCUCCAGGAGAAGUUGGACCAGCCCGUGUCGGCUCCUCCCUCCCCGCGAGACGUUUCCAUGGAGAUCGACUCGCCAGAGAACAUGAUGCGGCAUAUCCGCUUCCUGAAGAACGAGGUGGAGCGGCUGAAGAAAAGCCUGCGCACCACUGAGCUGCAGCACACGGAGAAACGUGCCCAGUACAUCGAGGAGGAGCGGCACAUGAGGGAGGAGAACAUCAGGCUGCAGCGAAAGCUUCAGAGAGAAAUGGAGCGCAGAGAGGCCCUGUGCCGACAGCUGUCGGAGAGCGAAUCCAGUCUGGAAAUGGACGAUGAGAGGUACUUCAAUGAGAUGUCUGCACAGGGUUUGCGAGCGAGGACGGUGUCCAGCCCGAUUCCCUACACACCUUCCCCCAGCUCCAGCCGGCCCAUAUCUCCCGGUCUCUCAUAUGGCACCCACACAGUUGGCUUCACUCCUCCAGCUACACUGUCCAGAGCUGCCAUUUCCCACUACAACACCCCUGCCCUGCACGUCCACGGAAGCUCCUCUCACGCCGUAGCAAGGCCCUCCCCGAGAAGAAGCACCAGCCCCGACAAAUUCAAACGUCCAACGCCGCCUCCCUCCCCCAACACACACUCAGGGGCCUUCCAGGCUCAGCCUCCGCUACCCCCACCAGCUCAGCCCAUGGUCCAGUCCAUGUCGUCCCCGGCGGCCAUGUCACAGCACGCGGCAGCGGCGGCGGCGGCAGCACAGCAGCCUCCCUCCCAGCCUUAACGCCACACUCAGUCUCUGUCUCUUGCACCAGUGUGCGCCCACUGAAUGCCACGAUGCUAGCGCAGCAGCUUCCGUCAUUACCAGCUCUGGAAGGGAAGUUUCUUACUCUUUACCAACUCCACAAAAAACAAAAAAAGAAAAAAGAUGCAGCUUCAGAAGUUUCCGAGAGGAAAGAAACGCGAUGGCAAGUCACCCCGGGUGAGGCUCGCCGCCUGCCAAAUCCACACGUGGCGCUACGUAACUACUCUUAAAAAAGGAAUGGAUGAACUGAAAAAUAAUUGCUUCUGGGAUUUGUAGGAUAAUUACUGUUCCACCUUCUGUCUUGUACAUGUCAUGUAUUUUUUUUUUCUUCUUCUUCUUCUUUGCCUGGGACUUUAGCUGGUUGGAAUUGUUGUUUUGGCGCUUCUGAGAUAGCACAAACAGCACAUACCGUAUGUUUUACAGUGGUCUCUCAUGAUAGGUUGGAUGUUUGGACCCGUGGAUGGAUGUAUGGCUUAGAGCAGUGGACGGAAACUAGAUGGAUGUGAUCGAUUCUUUUUAUGCCUAUAAUAUGACACUCGAUUGCAGUAACGUCCUCCACAGCAGCUCAUCCUUCCGUCUUUUGAAGUCAACACUUCACCCCCCGACCCCCUGAGUUUAACGUGGCUUUGAUUAGGUCAACAGGAAGGCGUCACAGAGGACUGCUUGGACUCUCUCCAUUAGAGGGCAUUGAUCAAACAGAGCUUGCAAACACAGUCAUUUUCUUUUCUGAAAGCAUUCAAGGCGCUGCUGCUCUUCAGUGAAAAGAAAAAAAAAAAGAAUAAAAGCAUCGAGGAUGGACGCUGGUACAUAAACCACAGAUAAAUGUCGCCUUUUGAGGUGUUUCAAGAUAUAGUCUGAGGUGUUUCAACUUAGUCAUGUACUCGGUCUCUGCUCUUCUCUCUGGUGUAUUUCUCAAAGCUUCUAUCGUCCUUAUGGAUACUCAUCAGAAAAGGAAAAAAAAAAAAACCCAUUGCUCUUUACACUAAAUAUACAUACUGCUUAAACAUUCUCGAUGAAUGGUACUGUUGAACUAAAUUUCUAUGUAUGAUUAAAGCUCUCGAGAUGACAGCUUCUGCUUUUGUCACUUUCAUGGAUGGUUAGUUACAUGAGAACUAGGAAAGGGAAGCACUCAUGAGCAAACUUGGACGAAAAAUCACAUUGUUCAUCGUUUUCACCGGAUUGACAGAAACCUGCAAGUUGUUCCGCACACUGUAUUUGAUAUUUGCACAGGUUCACAUUUGGUUUGAUCUCGUUGUGUAUUUAGUCUCACUGAAAUGUAUCGUGGAAAUUUUAACCUGCGCCCAAACCUCCAUAGUAGUUGAUGGAAAAUGUUUGUGCCUUAAAUAAACCUGCACCAUCAAAGCUCACAGCCUGAGGUGGUAG